AGUGCACAAAACUCUACUCUGUUGGAGCGCCUGAAGCAGCUGCAGUGCCACUUCACUUGGACACUCAGUGACAACGUUAGACGUCUUCGUCGGCAGCGAGACUUCCUGGAACAAGGCAGUGAGAGUGACUCCCUCUCCUGGAAGGGCCAUCUGUACAACGUGCUGGCGUACAUACAGUACAAAAUCGACAAUUCCACCGAGUCUACCGAGAACGCGCUAGCAUGCCUGCGAAAGGCUGAGGUGAUCCUCAAAGAGCAGGCCACAGAUGGCAGAGGACCUGAGCUCAUGGUGAACCAAGCCGACCAGGCCUGGGUGCACUAUCAUCUGGGAGAAAUGGCUGACGCCCAGCGGUGCCUGGAGGAAGCUGCCAGCCUCCAGCAGGAGUUCCCAGCUCCACCUGGAUUUGAGAUGCACCCAGAGGUGCACGGGGAGAAAGGCUGGACACUGAUGAAGUUUGGUGCUGAUUUCCGGAAGGAGGCACUGAGUGAGUUUGAAAAGGCUGUGAAAGGAGACUCGAACAGGAAAGCGUGGCAUAAAGGCCUCAUUUUGGCAAAAGACAAAAUGAACAGGGAAACAGGGACAGGAAACUGGAACAAACGGACUAGACCUGACCCAUUAUUCUUACAGCAGGUCGAAAAGGCCAAAGAGGUCGAUCCAGACGACAUACGCAUUUCAAUUAUCUACUUGAUCACUAUGGUGGAUGCUGGCAAGAAGCCAGUCGGUGAGGCGGUGAGAGAGGCUCAAACACUAGCUCUGCGUGUUCAACGCCCUCUUGGAGAUCUUUCAAGCAUUCUAUAUUUCUUGAGGUUACACGAUUUAGAGUCAGCAUUGCAUGUUGCACAGAAGUUCGAGAAAAAAUACCCAUCUGACAGGGAAGCCAAAAAACAGCUGGCCAUCUGUUACAAACGGACGAUUUUCAAACCAGGGCAAUCAAAUCAAGACAGGGUGCUGAUGGAAAAUGCCAUCAAAUUUUAUGAAGAUGUAAUCAGGCUUUACCCUCUGUACGUUAGGGGAAGAAUAGAUCUGGCAGAAAUAUAUGCAAAGUCUGGAAACACAGGCAAAGCAGAUCAGAUGUACUUGGAUCUUCUCAAAGAAGAAAAGGACCUAGAGCCUGCACAAUUACAACUGUUGUACAGUAGCUAUGCAGUCCACCUAUUCCACAAUAAAGACUUUGCUCAGUCUAUUUAUUAUCACAAGAAAGCUGUAGAAAUCCCACGACAAUCUCCCGACAUAACGAGAAGCAUCAAGACCCUGAGGAAGAUUGCUGAAAACCCCAGACACCGCAGAUGUGAUGAAAUGCAGGAGUUUCUGCUGGGACUUAAGCACAUUUAAUUUUUGGGCAAUUUCCCAUGCAAUACGAAAGCAAAAUGAUAAGAUGUUUUAUUCUGAUGAAUGCAUGCUAACAUACUCCACAAAUCAUUUUAGACUGACGAAACUACAUAAUCUGAGGAACAUUAUUUUUAACAGCAAGAGCUUUCUAUCAACAAGGGAAAUAUACUGUAGUGCAUUCAUGUAAGUAUCUGGUUAAAAAAAAAUACUACAGUAGACCUAUUGCCUGGUUUCAAAGUAGACAUAAAUAAAUUAGAUUGUCAUUUAC